GUUGUAAUAAACUUAUUAAAUAGAACCAGAUAUAUGUCAUUGUAAUGAACAUUUAUCGCCUGUUCAUAUUUGUUUUUUGCUGCAAUUAUCUACAUGCCGGGCGAGAUUUCUACAAAAUCCUUGGCGUGGAGAAAAAAGCGAAGGUCAAUGAAAUAAAGAGGGCCUUCCGGAAACUUGCUCAGAAAUAUCAUCCUGAUAAGAACCCAGAUGAUCCUCAAGCUAAUGAAAAGUUUCAAGAAUUGAGUGCGGCAUAUGAGGUCCUGACCGAUGAAGAUCAAAGAAAACAAUAUGAUCGAUGCGGAGAAGAGUGUCUAAAAGAGGGAGGUGGGGGCAGAAGUGACCCAUUUGCCGACUUCUUCAAUUUUGGGUUCGGUGGUUUCGGAGGAGGUGGUGGUAGGCAGAACUCGGACACUCCGAGAGGCGAAGAUGUGCUCCUGAAAAUCACAGUGACUUUGGAAGAACUAUAUUCUGGCAAUUUCGUAGAUAUCGUGCGCAACAAGCCAAUUCCUAAGCCAGCUUCGGGAACCAGAAAGUGCAACUGUCGGAGAGAGAUGAGGACGCAGUCGAUGGGACCAGGACGCUUCCAGAUGUUCGAAGAGACAGUGUGUGAGGACUGUCCUAAUGUCAAGCUAGUUAAUGAGGAGCGAACUCUUGAGUUUGAGAUUCAACCGGGCAUGAAAGACCAGAGUGAGUUCCGAUGGGUGGGGGAGGGAGAGCCGCACAUAGACGGGGACCAGGGCGAUUUGAUAAUCCGAAUCCAGACUGCCAAACAUGACCACUUCGAGAGGCGGGGAGAUGACCUCUACACUAACGUCACUAUCUCCCUAACACAGGCGCUCACUGGAUUCAACAUAGACCUAGAACACCUCGACGGACACAAAGUGUCUGUAAUUCGCGAGAAAGUGACGUGGCCGGGAGCAAAGAUCAAGAAGAAGGAAGAGGGUAUGCCGAACUUUGACGACAACACGAGAAAAGGAGAUUUGUACAUCACGUUCGACGUCGCAUUCCCUAAAGGAGACUUAGACGCAGAGACCAAAACAGCGAUCAAAAACUUGUUAGGAGGAGUUGACGACAAACCGGUUAUUUACAAUGGACUCAGAUAACUACAACAGAAAAGAAAAACAGGCAAAUGAUGAUUUGUUUUUUGCAACGCUAUGCUGGCUGUUUCCAUGUGAUGCCAACUAGAUGGUGUUUUCAUAUGCCGUUUUUGAAAUAAUCAGGGACAUUAUAUGAUAUUCAUAAUAUCGGGUCAUUUCGAAUUUACUCUUUUAAAUUGUGCGUUGAAACGUGACCUCGAGUUUUGUAUUUAAUUAUAUUACAUUCUUUUACAUUUUUCUGGUUUUCGUUUAGCCAAUCGUAUGAGUUGAGUUGAAAAAUGAGAUAUUUUUCUAUUAAUGGGAUUAAAACUGAAAAGACCCUCCAUAUCCAAAUAAUUUAACUGCGUGAAUCAAUAUCGUUUUGAAAAUUAUGAACAACAUGGGUGAUUCAGAUCGCAAAAGAACGUACCUGGAAAUAUUCACUACACUGGCGAUAAAGUAUUAUGUAUGGUUUUUGAAGCAAUUAAAGAUUAAAUAUAAUUGUAAAGUAUAGAUACUUUAUUUCGGUACUAGUGAUCGAAUGCUAAUUUCAUGUGGUUUGGAUUUCUCGCCUUCAAUCGUUCGCCCAAUUAAGUGCUCAAAAGUUCUCAUAUGGUGUUCUUUAAUAAAAGCAUAUAUUUUCAUUAUAUUUUGAGCUGUAUUAAUUGUGUUGUUUUUUCCUGUAUAGAUAUGUUUGCUGGAUUUUGUCAUAUCAAAUAUGAAUUUAAAGUAAAUUAAAACAA